AUGGACCCUGGGGAAUGCACGUGUAUGUCUGGAGGGAUCUGCAUCUGCGGAGAUAAUUGCAAAUGCACAACCUGCAGCUGUAAAACCUGUCGUAAAAGCUGCUGUCCCUGCUGUCCCCCGGGCUGUGCCAAGUGUGCCCGAGGCUGUGUCUGCAAAGGAGGCUCAGACAAGUGCAGCUGCUGUCCCUGA